CAAUCGUAUAUUUACAUCCCUUCCCUUCCAUGCUCUACUCGUAUCUUCGGUUCAGUCCAACUCUUCGGACUUUGUGGCUUCUUGUGAGCUUUGAUACAGCAUCUUGGCAAAGCUUCCCGUAUCCGGGUUAGCUUGCCGACUGGGAGUCUGGAACGGGGGGGCUUCAGUCAUGGGUUGGUUGGUGGUGCUGUUGUGUCUAUGAGGAGUUCAUCUGUGAGCUGAUUCGGAAGAAAGUCGAAGCGAUCUAAGAGCCUGUUCUAUAUAUGUUCAAUCCUAUUGCAGCUUUGUUUACUUCUAUUCCUCGCUCUCUUUGUUGGCGAGGUUUAUAUUCUGGUCAUUUUCGAGCUCUAACGUCCGGAGGAGGCCUCCUUUCCUCUGCCAAGAAUCAAUAACUGCCGAAGGAAGGAAAAUACUGUUCCUUUGUUGAUGUCGUGAGCAGGAAUGGUCACAAUUGACUCUAAUCCGGGAGCUUUUGAAGGCACACCUGCCUAUUGGAAUAAAUUUAUUCCUGCACGUGUGCGUCCGUAGAUGAUCUUGAAAGCUGAAGUAGGAAGCUCGUUUCGUCCUCGGACUUUAAACGUACUCGUCCCACCGAAAAUCAGUCCUCUCUAGUUUUCCGCCUUGAGUCAGGUUUCUGUUGAAUAAUUACAGCUGCGUCUUACAAGAGCAAAACCUAUCCAUAGGCUAAGGCGGAAAGAAACCAUGGUUGUACAAAGCUUUGAUAGAGCUCCAAGAACAUACCCAGGACCGUCAAUUCAAUCGAUGAACCACCAUUCGUUUAAAUAUUGGCCAUCUUUCCCUCCUUUCGGACUUUCUCGCCUGGAAACCCAAAAUCUUGAGGUCUUCGCGCCAUGCUCUACACUUGAACAGAGCUUAUCUUCAUUCAUCCACUUUCCCCUUCUCCUCUGCUCUGAAACCAGGCCCCCAAAGUGUUUCAGAUCCACUGUCAGUGUGCUCAGCGAGAGCAAGGAAUCCUCGUAUAGAAAAGAAGGGAAGGAAAACAGGUUGGAAUUGCGAGGCUCAACUCAUUCCAGUUCAACAAAGCAACGACCAUUCCAGGUGACAAGCCCUAGCGACCCAAGCUCGCUGCAAGUCAAGUGUAAAAAGAUGUGACAAGUAAAGGAAGCCGGAAUGGUGCGGAAGACAGAGAUAGACUGACUUCGAAAGCAUGCAACAUCAUCCAGGUGACCGCGAGUUUACUACAACAGAGGACCUGUUGUGGAUAAUCCAGGGUUGAUAGCGAAAUCUUCAAAAUGAAGAAAGGAACAAAGAAUGAUUAUAAGAACGGCUGUAAAAUUUCUCUAAGUAUACAUCUUGUCAGAAGGAAACGUGAUAUAGCAAGGCAGUCAAUUUCCACAGUCGUUUUUAAAAUGCCCGGAACUCUCUCACAUCAUGGGAGCAGGCCCUCCUCAUGUUCGCAGGUUGAGCAUCUUGAGGUUUCACGUGAGCAGGCUCUCACACCGCCUCUGGCAGAAUUUUCGCAUUGUCCACGAUUUGGGUUGGUUUAGCUUCAUCCUCGAUUCACGCAUUGUUCUAUGCUAGAUACAAUUGCCAGUCACUCACAAUAGCAUCACAAACGAGACUCGGCUGGGCGAGUGUGAGCCCACAAUCCGUUUCUCCAAAUGCGCCAACGCAACCAUGGCAGCUCCAUCACCCGCAGCUUCUUCCUCCCUGAACGGUGACACCAACCACAAGAACACCAUGGAGCUUCCCAACUUCGAGCGACUCUCGUUCCUCGACUGUCCCAACACGGAGGAGUAUCAUAAUGCUGCUCUGGCGUAUGCGAAGCAGCUCCAUGACAGUGUACGAGAGCGUGCAAUCCACGUUCUGCGGACCAAGGAGGAUGAGGAGGAGGCAGAGAGAUUGAGGCUUCGAGCAGACGAAUUGGAGCAACUGGUUGAGGCAGAAGAGAGGAAGUCAGCAGAAGCAGUUCGGAUUCGAGAGGCAGAGAAUCGAAGGAAGCAGAUACCACAACCUCCACCAAGAGUCCCGACUCCCCCACCACAAAUUGCCCCUCCAGCCCCUCAACAAGAGUCUCCGGCACAACCACCUCAGCAGGCUCCUCCCAACCCACAAGCUUCGACACCUACACCACCAGUACAAGCUCGAGCUCCUCAAGCUCCGUCACAAUUCACACCACAGGCUCCUGCUGUACAGCCAACACCUACCCCACAGCCCAACCCGCAGCCAACUGCCUCGAACGGACCAGUUGUCCAACCACCACAACCUCAGACACAGCCACCAGCUCCUCAAUCCCAAAGCAAUGGCUUGCAGAUCCUCGCGGAUAGUGAUCGCCUACUCCAAAUUCAUGGCAACUUGAAGAAGCUCAGGACAUUCAUCCAGGGCCAGAACGUCGCGAUUGCGACUGAACAAGUCAAACAACGCGACGGAUCGAUCAAACAGAAAGAUAUCACGGUCCGAACCAUUGCAGGCGAUAUGCGACGUACUUUAACGCGUACAAUGGGUCAAUUGACGGAUGUGGCUGGCUCAAAUAGCAAGCAGAUCAUAGCAAUCCGCGAACUCCUCGAGAAGUCCCUCACAAUCAACUCUGCUCCGAUGCAGCCCCAGCAUUUCAUGUUGGAUCCACCACAAGGACCAGCCGAAAAAGCGGAAAACAAUGGGGACACCAUGCCAUCCCUCUUCCUCUACCUCCUCAACAUCUUCACCAAGGCAAUCGUCAACCAACUCUCUAGCGAGGCAUCCACAAACCCCAAGAUCGCAGAACCAAUCGGCAUCGUAGCACACACAAUCAUCUCCCACCCAAAGUUCCUAUGGCGCGCGCAAUCAUUCAUCGGCAUCAUCAUGGCCAAAUUCAGGACCUCCCUUCCCGUCGUGUUCGGUAUCCGCGGGGCCGAGACAACAGAGCAAGGCCGGCAAAGACUCGGGUGGAGAAAGGGCGACAAUGGCUGGGUCUCGGAUCAAGAGCAUCAAGACCGUAUGAGAGGGCUGGGAGCCGGAUAUGCCGCCCUCUGUCUUCGCAACUACACCAAAUCUCAAUCACGCGUAAACCCAUGGCCUCCUUCACACUACUGGAACGCCAUGGGUAUCCUCAUUUGCACACCACCCCAGGAACGAUGCACGACUCAGGUCUUGGUCCUGACUGCACUGAUUGAUGGCUACGAGAAGAAAUUCUUGGAGUUUUACGGCGACAUGGCGAAGUGUGCGUUGCGAGCGGCGGUUAUCGACUUCCCGAAUACCUGUCCUGAGAAGACCGCUGCAGUACAGACACUGAGCGUGUUAGGAGACAAGAUGAAGCGAGAUCUGGGACUUGUUCUCUAAGUAUGGCAAGGCGAUUUGUGAAGUACGUUUCAGGGUUAUAUAUUCAAGAGCAAGCAUUUCAUAGGGUUUAUAUUCGGAGUUUCUGGCGUUGGAAAAGGAGAACGGCGUUUAUAUUGAAGCACACGGUCAAUAGAGACCAUGUAACUAGUUCCUGAAUGUGUUUUGCACUGUGGUUGAUGCCACUGCAUGGAGGGUUAUCCUAGAAUAGAGCAUGAUAUGUAUUCUUGGGGAGGAUAUAACAUGAAGCAUUGUCACCG